AAAGAUGCAUCAGAUGUGUAGCUUUUUUGUGAAUGAAAGAAGAGAAGGGUCUGCGCCUGCAGUGUCCCAGACAGGCGAGAUCACCGCCUGGGGAUCGGAUACCCUGGAUCAUGACCCCAGACAAAGAACUCAUGGACGCGCUGGACAUUGACGUGGAGGACCAGACGGACCUUGGUGAAGAGAAGAAGAACACAGAUCUGCCAGAGUUGAGGGAGAAUCAUGCAGACUUCGGUAAGAGCGCUUCAUCUCGUCCUCUUGGGGAACAGAAGGUGGGAGGCUUUGAAGUCCGAAUACAGGACGGUCCAGGCAGCAGAACCGCUUCGGUGAAGCCCCCGUACUCGUACAUCGCUCUCAUCACCAUGGCCAUCCUGCAGAGCCCGAAAAAGAGACUAACCCUGAGUGAGAUCUGUGAUUUUAUCAGCCAGCGCUUUGCGUAUUAUCGGGAGAAGUUCCCCGCGUGGCAAAACUCCAUCCGCCACAACUUGUCUCUGAAUGACUGCUUUGUGAAAAUGCCUCGCGAGCCUGGAAAUCCUGGUAAAGGGAAUUACUGGACACUGGACCCCAUGUCGGCCGAUAUGUUUGAAAACGGGAGUUUUCUCCGGCGGAGGAAACGCUUCAAGAGGCAGCAUUUCUAUUUGGGAGCGCUGAAGGACUCCAUGGCGCACGAGCGCAGCCUGAUACCAGUGUUUCCUAUAGGAGCGCACAGGAUGAGCACUUGUCUCCGGGGUCCGGAUUUGUACCAGGACCUGGGGAUAAGAAGUCGUUUAAGCCCCCACAGUAAUCCAAGCAUCCCGCCUGUACGCAGCAUCAUCCCCGCGCUCUCCUCGCUCCUCUCUAAGAACGUCCCCUCUUGCCUAACAUUUGAACAUUUAGAGCCGGGACGCUGCGCCACUGUGCCACCUUUGGCUCCAAACUCCUCGUUCAUUCCUCCAGUCUCAGUGCGCGGAAUGAUACCCAAUUACCCUGUUUCUCAUUUUUUCAACUUUCCCUAUGGGAUCCUAAAAGCAUCAUCUUUUUCAAUUUAAUGAAAUAACGCUCGUUUGUCUCUUCCUCUCAGCAGGACAAUAAACUCAGAAAAGAUACAUUGUGUAAAGAUGGACUGAACCUACUCACGUACCGUUUUGUGCUUUCAAGGAUACAUUUUUUUGAAGUCUUUUUGAAAAACCUUUAUUU